AUAUGUCGAUGACGUCGACUUUUAUUUUAUUUUUUCUCUAAGGAAAAAGGCAAGAUAUGUUAAAAAGAGAGAGAGAGAAAGGGAGAGAGAAAUAAUUUUUGCUGCGUAUCUCUCUUUUUUUUUCUUGCCUAUUUUCUUUCACUCGUUGGCUUUUUUUUUUUUUGCUCAUUACAAUAUAUAAAUCAGUAAUCAUUGUGUAUCAUUGGAUUUAGAUUCUCAUUUGAAAGCAGAUAAAUAAAAGCUCAUUAUUUCCGACAUUCCAAAGCAUAAAGGGCCAAUAAAGAAAAGAAAAGUCUGUCACUUACAUCCUCCGACAAAGCACAAAUACACAUUAUGAGCGAGUAUAAGAGAAAGUUACGGUCAGCUAAAGAAGACCCGACACCACAAGAUCCAUUCACUGAAGAUAAUACAAAAGAUACCAAUUUCUCAAAGCCAGCAUGUCCAAAGACACCCCCACCCAUUCAGUCUAUCGAACCCUAUUUUCCUCCCUCUCCGUUUGGUAGGAAACGACAUCAAUUCCACGGCGAUAGAUUUAUACCAACCAGGGAGCGUAGCCUGGCUAGAGAUUAUCAAAUGUCUGCCACAGCUGCUGCUAAAAGUGGAAAGGAUAAUGCGGCAGAACCUUCGGGUAUGUCUUCUGGUGAGACAAGACGAUUCAGCGCUUAUUUUCGUGCUGAGAUUUUAAAUGAUGAAACAGCCUUAGAUGAUUACAAUGCAGAAUCACCACGAUCCUAUCGACGGGUAUUACAGUACUCUAAGCCUGUAGAAAAUACACAUAAUUAUACUGAUUAUACAUCACCAAUGGAAGCACCCAUAUUAUCACCCUCAUCACCACCGCCACCGCCCUCUUCAUUAUCAUCCUCAGCAGAUAUCCUUUCACCCAAUAGCUCUAAAUUCCAGAUUUUACCAAUUGGAGAAGCAGGACGACGUAUCUUGAUGAAAGCAGACCGCAAUAACCGACAUAUUAAUACAACAGCCAUCAAGAUACUCGAUGCACCUGAAUUACAGGAUGAUUUUUACUUGAAUUUAGUGGAUUGGGGAGCCAAUGAUUGUUUAGCGGUAGGGUUAGGAUCGUGCGUUUAUUUAUGGAAUGCAAAUACCAGUCGAGUUACAAAAUUAUUGGAUUUAGUGACGGAUAAUGUGACGUCUGUGAGCUGGUCACCGGUUGGAUCCCUUUUAUCGGUAGGCACCAAUUCAGGCAAGGCCUUACUGUACGAUGCCGAUCAUUCCAGACGAAUACGAACAUGGUCGACCCAUUCUUCACGUAUCGGAGCCAUGGCUUGGAAAUCCAAUAUACUUACCACAGGUGGUCGUGAUCACGCCAUCUAUCAUCACGAUGUACGUUCUUCUGACCCCCAUUUCCGUAAACUGACGGGUCAUACACAAGAAAUAUGUGGACUUAAGUGGAAUAACGAAGGCACUAUGUUGGCCAGUGGUGGAAACGAUAAUAAUCUGUUUGUGUGGGAUUCGCAUGAAAAUGCUCAGGCACAUCGUUUCUCUCAACAUGUGGCUGCUGUCAAAGCCAUCAGUUGGAGUCCGCAUAAACGUGGUGUGCUUGUCAGUGGAGGAGGAACUGCAGAUAAGACUAUCAAGUUCUGGAAUACCAUUACUGGCUCUUUAACAAGUUCGCACGAUACUGGAUCCCAAGUAUGUAAUAUUGGUUGGAGUAAGAAAUCAGACGAUAUUGUGAGCACUCAUGGAUAUUCCUCCAACGCUGUGACUUCCAGUAAUCAAGUGAUUGUAUGGAAAGCAGAUCAAAUGCAGAAAAUCGCGACAUUAACUGGACAUACUUGUCGUGUAUUGUACAUGGCAAUGAGCAAUGAUGGAAGUACCGUUGUCACGGGUGCUGGUGAUGAAACCUUGAGGUUCUGGGAUAUAUUUUCGUCCUUAGAACCUUCAAGAUCAGAGGAGAGGAGACCUUGUAUCCGAUAAGAAGUAUUAUACCACUGUUAUUGUGUAACUAUUAAUUUGUACAUUCGAAAAAAAAACAAUAGCAACAACCAAAACAAUCAAAACAAUCAGAAAAAAAAGACAGAAAAGAAAAAAGAAAUAACCGAGCUCUUCUCAACAACAAUAGCAAAAAAAAAAAUGUGUAUCAGUUGUAUAUAUGUACUGAGCUAAUAAAACAAGUAGUUACAAUAACACUUUUUUUUACUUACUCAAAA